UUUUAUCUUUUGAUCUCACUAGACAGUCCCAUUACAUCUCCAUACCACCAAUAUUACAAUAUAAUAUUAAUCCUCAAGAUGCCCCAACUUUCUAGAAAAGGAACAUGUUCAUGCUCAUCCUUCAUCAUACACAUCUACACUCUCCACCCCAUAUCUACUCCAUAUCAUACCACUAGGAUUCAAGAACACCUAGACAGGCCUUACCAAACUACUACAAACAUUGAUACAUGUCCCGCUCUCCCGCUUGGCAAUAAACACAUCAACCUUGAAAGGCUUCGAUCAUCCUCCCCGAACUAAUGUAUCAUACCUAAUCUUACACCUUCUACCUAAACUAAACCCUACAUUACUAUUUUGUCUCUCGUCAACCACAUUCUCGGUCAUCAUACCUUUUAUAUAUAUAUAUAUAUGUUCUCCGCGCCUCGCCCUCUUCUUACGUCGGCUUCGUUCAUCGGCUUCCUGUCUCAGAUCACAUCUCCAAUCUUCAAAUACUACCUUGAUUCAACUAUUCCCAAGUAUCUACAUCAACUUGCACAACGACAUCCUCACAAAGUAUUCAUACAUUGCAACCCUCUUGGAUAUAUAGCACACUUUCUUAUACUGGAACUGCAAAGGAACCAAAGUCGGCGAUAAGUGUGGCUAUCAUCCCAAUCCAAAAUAGCCAGCCAUCACCGUCUUCGAAACAAACUCUCACAACACAACAUGGUCUCGGUAUCUGAUCAUUCAUUCCAUAUGCUAUCGCGACACAUGGGAAAUCAAAACGAAAACGACUUUCCACUUUUCCCCGAAGCAAAUAUGUAUUCUCCUCAAUAUCCAUACAACAGCAUGCCAAACUUUCAGAUCGAACACGACGCUGCGUAUGCAUACUCGAGAACACAAGAUAUCUACCCUACCAGCACCGGAUUCGAUUCCACAACUAUGUAUAGUGAAGGUCCCCAACAUUUUGUUGAGUCACCAGAACUUAGAGGAGCUGCGCCAUCAAAUUACUCCGCAGCCAGUGGACCUUCGGUGACAUCCUCGACCAUCGGCUCUCCCAAUUCAAACCACGGCCACAUGGUUUCAGUAUCUGAGUGGGGCUCUGGACUUGGUAUCAACCCAACUAUCGUGAAUUACGAUAACUUUGGUCAAGGAACCGACUACAACUUCUCUGCAGGUAUGGAAGACUUUACUGUAGAUUUCAAUUCGGCCAAACCAGGCUUUGUUGACCCAUCCAUUUUACAUGCUCCUUUUUCCGCUACUCGCCCAACAUCAGCUGUCGGACAAUCCGAAUUGUCUCCUUACCAAGCACCAAUGUAUCACACAUCUCCAUCUCCAUCUCAACACUCCUCAAGAAGUCCUGGACCUGCCAAGGUCGACAGCGCAAGCCCUUACUUGGGCUCUCAAUAUUAUCCAUAUCCUGCACCAAUGAUCAGACGGCCAUCUUUGACCAUUUCUCACCAAUCUUAUGGUUCCCAAGAUGGUAACUUCAGUGGUGAAGAAUCAAAAGAAAAGGGCCGCUGCACCUGGCCAGAAUGUGGAAAGAUCUUCAAAGAUCUUAAAGCUCACAUGUUGACCCAUCAAAAUGAGCGCCCGGAAAAAUGCCCCAUACAGACAUGUGACUACCACGUCAAGGGCUUCGCUCGAAAAUACGACAAAAACCGCCACACCUUGACUCAUUACAAAGGGACAAUGGUAUGCGGUUUCUGCCCAGGUUCCGGAUCUGCGGCAGAAAAAUCCUUCAACCGUGCUGAUGUCUUCAAGAGACAUCUCACUUCAGUACAUGCCGUAGAACAAACCCCACCAAAUAGCCGUAAGAAGACUUCCGCAAGCAUCAACAGUGGAAAGAAGCUCUCGGGAUAUGCACCAGAUGCUACUGGAAAGUGCUCUACCUGUUCGGCUACUUUCAGCAAUGCUCAAGACUUCUAUGAGCAUCUCGAUGACUGUGUUCUCCGCAUUGUUCAACAAGAGGAACCUUCCGAGGCAAUCAACGCUCGUCGCCUUGCAGAGGUUGAACAAGAUCACGAUGUCCAUGAAACUCUCCGCAACAACGCCCUUCCAGUCACUACCAACGUUUACUCAACAGCCGAAGAAGAUGAUGAUGAGGAAGUUGACGAUGAAAACGACGACGACUACUCCAUCCGUGUCCGUACAUCCCGCAAAGGCCGUCAAAACCGCAACCCAGUCAACGGCGUCCAAAAGUCCAGAGGCAUGACUCACUCCAAAGGUGGCGUCACUCUAAAUACCAAAGGACGUAAGAAGCGCAAGGACUAUCCUUCAUCAUGGGGAUGCCCUACAUCUCAAAUGAAGAUGAAGAAGCGUGUUCUCACUGUCUUUGAUGGACCUCGCCGUCUCUGGAAGGACGAUAUGAUGCUCGAUACCGAUUACGAGGUACGCAUCAAGCUCGGUGAUGAAAAAGCUUACGUUACCGAUCUCGAUGUGCAAACUAUGAGAAGAGCGGAGGCCUUCCACAAUGCUACGGAAGAGGAAAAGGGACCUUGGAUCGCAGAUGAUCUGACGGGAAUGGAUUUGGAGAGGUUGAUGGAGGUUAAGAGAGAGAAUUAAUUCCUCUUCUUACUUUACUUUUCCACACUCCACUUUUGUUUAUGAGGUUAUGAGAUGGACAUUUUUUUAUGAUUUGCUCAAAUGAUUUGGGGCAUUUUGCAUAUGUUUUAUAUCGGCGCUUUGGAUACCAUUUACAUAUAUCUAAGGGAGAUAUACUUUAACGGGACGGGACGAUACCAUUUUUCUAUUCUACUUUUCUUUUAUCUUUUUGUUUUGGAAAAUUUUAUACAAUAUCAUAUACAUGUAUGGGCGAUAUGGAUUUGAGGACAAUACAAAAGUCGCGGUGUGCUCUUUUCUUUCUAUUGCGAUCUACUUGCAUUAUCUAUUGCAUAUGCAUCAGACAGAUUUUUGUUAUGGGAGUUUUUCUUUCGUGUGAAUAAGGAGAUAAAUGAGGAAAGGGAGGAUGUGUAAGAUCACUACUUUGGCUGGCCCAUUUUUUGUGGUAUAUUUUGGAAGCGAGGAAGGCGGUUGCAUUGGAGGAGGGGACGUGUCAUGGCAUUAUUGCGCUACUUACUGUAUGUGGAAGAAUUGAAAGUAAAGUAAUAGUUAGUCAAUCUAGGAUAGGAAUCUAGGAAAGAAUCAAGAGCAAUGGUCUCUCAA